UUUAGCUGACGGGAAGGGGAGGGUUCGUGGCAAGCACGAGCCAUUGAGGCGCUGCAGUUUUCCCGGGCUUCUCUUUUAUCGUUUGCGUUGCAAGAUGCCGCGAGGGCGAAGGAAGCAGCACCCGGGCGAUGUGGCCCGCGGGCAAACAGUGCUGAGUAAAUUCUUCCUGCCGUCUCCUUCAGCUGUCUCUACCUCCGCUCCUCCUGCUGAAGCGCUUGUUUCCUCCGAGGAGAGAUCACGCGGUGAUUCGGCGGCUCCAGCUUCUCUGUGCCCGGAACUUGAACCAGUUGGGAAAAGGAGAAGAACUGUAAAAAACAAAGACCAGCAUUCAAAGAAUUUGCAGUGUAGACAAAAGCAAGAGGGAGCUGGGGAGCAAAAAAAAUGUGCCAACCCUCGGAUAUGUUCAGAAACAUUUCUUAAAUUGCGAGAAUUUUCCAGCCACCUGGAACAGCCGAGUCAUAGAAUUCAUUCAGAGGUUUCUCAUGGAAGCCAGUUUGUGAAUUUGGAAAAAGGACAACAGUCAGACAUUGGAAACACUGGCAUUUUGUACUCUCAGAACGUUGAUAAGGAGGAAGCAUGCCUUCAAUUUAAUCAAUUUUCUUUAUCAGAUACAAAUUGUGAAAAUAUUCAAAAUACUUCGGAUUCAAUUCUCAACAAAAGAACCAAAUGUAUAUAUACACCACUUGAGCUCCAGUACCUAGAAGUGAAAAAUCAACAUAAAGAUGUUAUUUUAUGUGUUGAGUGUGGUUAUAAGUACAGAUUCUUUGGUGAAGAUGCAGAGGUUGCUGCUAAGGAACUGAACAUCUAUUGUCAUCAGAAUCACAACUUUAUGACUGCCAGCAUACCGACUCAUAGGCUGUUCGUUCAUGUUCGACGACUUGUAGCAAAAGGAUAUAAGGUAGGAGUUGUAAAACAAAUGGAAACAGCUGCCUUGAAGGCUGUUGGAGACAACAAAAGCUCUCUCUUCACCCGAAAACUAACUGCUUUGUAUACAAAGUCUACAGUUCUAGGAGAAGAUGUGAAUCCUUUACUGAACCUUGAUCAUUGUUCUGAUGCUGAGGCAGUAUCAUAUGAUGCCUGUGAUAAUUAUCUUCUCUGUAUCUGUGAAAGCAAAGAAAGUUUGAGGGAGAAAAGGCAGAACACUACGAUAGGUCUAGUGGCUGUCCAGCCUAGUACAGGGGAAGUUAUUUUUGACAGCUUUCAAGACUCUGUAGCUCGUUUAGAGUUGGAACGUCGGAUUUUAUGCCUGCAGCCCGUUGAACUUCUUCUUCCUGCAGAUGUGUCAAAUCAGACUGCAAAUCUUAUCAACACCGUGAGUUCUGUAAGUUUACAUGAUGACAGAAUUCGAAUUGAAAAAAUGGAAAACAAGCAUUUUGAAUACAGCAGUGCUUUCCAGCUGAUUACAGACUUUUAUGGCUGUCAAGAACAUGAUAACACAGGCUCUCAAACAUUGUCUUUCAUCUUGAACUUGGACAAGUCAAUAUUAUGCUGCUUGGCUGCCGUGAUAACUUACCUUAAAGAAUUUAAUUUAGAAAAAAUACUGUAUAACCUUAAUAAUUUUAAGAAGUUAUCAAGUGAAGCUGAAUUCAUGACACUUAAUGCAACUACGCUAAAAAAUCUAGAAAUCCUACACAAUCAAACUGACAGGAAAACAAAAGGCAGCCUGUUUUGGGUCUUGGAUCAUACAAAAACUUUAUUUGGACGACGGAAACUGAAGAAAUGGGUAACACAGCCUCUCUUGAAAUCCAGUGAAAUUGAUUCUCGACUUGAUGCUGUGUCUGAAGUUCUUAUGUCUGAAUCAAGCGUUCUUGGUCAAAUUAAGACCCUCCUAUAUAAAAUACCAGAUGUUGAGAGAGGACUCUGUACUAUUUAUCAUAAAAAGGGUUGUAGUGGCUUUGGACAGUAUGCUUUGAUAAUCAUUAUUAAACAGACAUUUGAACUGUUCUGGCUCAACUACCCUGUUACAUCUACAUUUCCUGGCUUAAAAGCUCAUGGCCUAGGCAGUAUAAUUACUUUCACUUUUAAUUGUCUGUUCCAAGGGGAUUCCUAUCUGGUUGUCCUUUUACUGACUCAGUUGGGAGCUGCUGUCACAGCACUGAUUCCAGCUAUACGUUCUCAGGUGAAAGCAUCUUUGUUGCAGAAGAGACUCUUGGAAAUACCAGAGUUACUCUGUUCAAUGAAAAAUUACUUAAAUAUACUUAAUGAAGAAGCAGCCAAAACUGGAAAUAAAACCCAGCUCUUCAAUGAUCUUAAAAACUUCCCCACAAUAAAGAAGCGGAAGGAUGAAAUUGAAGCAGUACUUCACCAGAUCCAGUUACACCUUCAAGAUAUAAGAAAAAAGCUAAAUGGUCUUUCUGUGGAUUAUAGAACAGUAUCUGGGCAAGAGUUUCUGAUUGAAGUCAAGAACUCUAUGAUAUCUUCCAUACCAUCUGACUGGAUUAAAGUUAGCAGCACAAAAACUGUCAGCCGUUUCCACACUCCAUUUAUUGUAGAAAAUUAUAAACAUCUGAAUCAGCUACGUGAGCAGCUAGUACUUGACUGCAGUGCUGAAUGGUUACACUUUUUAGACAAUUUUGGUGAACAUUAUCACUCUGCUUCUAAAGCCGUGGGUCACCUAGCAACUAUUGAUUGUGUCUUUUCCUUGGCUGAGGUUGCUAAACAAGGGGGCUAUUGCAGGCCAGUCAUAAAAGAUGACAGAUCAGAGAUAAUGAUAAAAAAUGGGAAACACCCAGUGAUUGACUUGUUGUUAGGGGAGCAAGAGCAGUAUGUUCCAAAUGAUACCCUCUUAUCGGAAGACAGUCAAAGGGCAAUGAUAAUUACUGGGCCUAAUAUGGGUGGAAAGAGCUCCUAUAUAAAACAAGUUGCAUUGAUCACCAUCAUGGCACAUAUUGGUUCGUAUGUACCAGCUGAGGAAGCAUCUAUUGGUAUUGUGGAUGGCGUAUUCACCAGAAUGGGUGCCACGGACAAUAUAUUCAAAGGUCACAGUACAUUUAUGGAAGAACUGACAGAUACAGCUGAAAUAAUUAGAAAAGCAACCUCACGUUCACUUGUAAUUUUGGAUGAACUUGGGAGAGGAACCAGCACACAUGAUGGAAUUGCUAUUGCAUAUGCUACGCUAGAAUAUUUUAUUAAAGAUGUGGGUUCACUGACAUUGUUUGUCACCCAUUAUCCCCCAGUGUGUGAGUUAGAAAGGGUCUAUCCAAGUCAGACUGGGAAUUACCAUAUGGCUUUUCUGAUAAAUGAAGAGGAUCGUGAAGCAGAAAGGGCAACUGAUCAUGAAGAAAUCCCUGGAUUUGUCACUUUCCUUUAUCAAAUAACAAGAGAGGUUGCUGCAAGCAGUUAUGGGCUAAAUGUUGCCAGACUAGCAGAUGUUCCUGAUGAAAUUCUUAAGAAGGCAGCUCACAAAUCGAAAGAACUGGAGAGAUUAAUGAAUAUGAAAAGGAAAAGGCUGAUGUCAUUUGCUAGAUUAUGGAAUGCUAAUGAUGCUAGAGAUCUGCAAAAAUGGAAAAGUAUGUGUGAAACAGAAGUUGAUGGAACCAAUGGCAAAAAUGAUAAUACUUGUUGAAUGAAGACUGAAUUGACAUAGAAUGUUUAAAAUUUACCAUACAAAAGAAUUUAUAAGUAGCAUUUAAAAUUUCUUAACAUGAACAAGUAGACUUAGAAUUAAGUGGCUAACAGCUGGUUCUCAUGGUCAUUUUUAAAUCGUUUAAACCAUUUCAGGGAAGCAAUUAUGUGGAACAGCAAACCAUGUGAAGUGUUGCUGCUUUUAUCUUCUAAAUGUCUUUUCAUACUAGGCUGAAAUGGCACUUCCAUGACAGAUUGAUGUUCACACGCAAGGACAAUUUUAUCUAGAAAAAUCUACAGUGUGAAAGACUCUUUUUUCCAAAUGUAUUGGAAGCUUUGUGCUUCUCCUUUAUUUAUGGUUUUUGAAAAUGUUUUCUUAAUGUACAUUGGAUGUAUUUAUUGAAAUAGAAUUAUGGUCUCCCAUAUUUACUUUCCAAAUAUAGGCUGAUUUUAUCAACUUUAUUUCCAGCCUUUACACAUAGUAAUUUACUUCAGGUAAAACACAGCUUUUUGUAUUUGCUGAAGUUUACUGUCAUUAUUUGCUGAAAUCAUGUUUGUCAAUUGCAGAAAAAGAUUUUUCAAUUAAUAGAAUAGAUCUCACAGAAGAGCUGAUAGAAGAUGAUGGUUGAGCUGACCCUUCCUCGCCUAUCCAUUUUUCCAGUAAUUUGUUGCUUGUGCCAGAAACCCACUCUGUGAAUCAGAAGACCAUUGUGAACAAAAUCCACCACUGUACAAGGGGCUGCUGCAAAGGUGGAAAUUUGAAUUAGAUUGCCUCUGCCACCAACAGUGAUUUCUCCUUCCUAACUGCAGCCUCUUGAAAUAUCUUGCCCCUCUAAGGAUUUUCAGGACAAUCAGCAAGUUUGGGGGGAAGGGGCAAGCAGGAAAAGGUCUGUUCACUAACACCUUUUUUUGCAAGAUCCAACUCAACAGCUUUUUAAAAAGUUGCAAUUUGCUUAUUAAAAUAAUUUAUAUUUAUAAAUAAUCAUUUCUACCUGAAAUCAAUGAAAUUAAAGCAUAGAAUUGUAUUUGUUUGUGAUUUAAUGGAUGCAGAUGUUUUAUAUUACCAUACUUUUUAAUGGACAUAGGCUCCCAGCUGACAUUCUUGUCUUUCUCAUAAAAUACAUUGUGGGCAGAUCACUGAUCUUUCUCACAAAAGUCUUCUAGGAUAUAAAA